AUGCAGAAACCGUUACAAAUUCCUGAGGAGUCCCUGGGCAAGCUUGUUCCUCACUAUGGCAUGAUCUUCUUUGGAGUCUUUCAGUUCUGCGUAUACCUGGUAGGGAUCAUGACGAAUAUCAUCAUAGAAGCGUGCGAUCCCGAUGGAACAUAUUGGUUGCCGUGGGCUAUAGUCAUCGCCUGUGUGGAAAUCAUAUUCUCAAUAGGAAUCAUUGGAUCAGCAUACAUCCGCAACUUUGUCCUCUUCUUCAUUUUUGCCCUUCUGUGGUCCCUCGCCAUCGUUGCUGCUGUCCUUAUUUCAAUAGCGUUCAGACCUGAUUGCCAGCAAAAUCACUACCAAGCAAUCUUAGAGGUUGGCCUUCUCAUCCUUGUCGGAUGCUCCUCUCCAUGGAUUCUUGCGUACGAGGCUAUCACCAUGGUCAGAGAUCGCAACAGACAGAGGAAGUCGUGGGAAGGGCACAUGACCGACAUGCUGCUCAAGUCCGAGGUGUUGGAGUUUCUGUCCGAUGACAACCUCCCAGCUGAGAACGAAGUCACGACGUUCGAGGCAGCCCUUACUUGGAUGUCAGCCGGAGACAGCUCUCGGCGGAGCCUUCUGGUCCCACUGAUGGGCUGCGUCCGCUUCGGCCUCAUGGAUCAGCAAGGUUUCGAGUACAUCGCGCAGAGUCAGCUCAUCGACACAACCAGCGCAAAGCUCGACUUCGAGCUCCAGCGCGACCCCACUGCGAAGUCCAGCUUAGCUGUUAUGGCUGAUGCGGUCGAGGAGCUCAUGGAUACCUCAGGCAAAUCUCGCACGCCUCCGCCGCUUUCUCCUCGGGCUGGAACGCCACAGCAGGGAGGAGCCAGCUCCAUCCUCAGGCAUCCGGCCGACGCCAGCAUGUCCUUCAGCGACCCCAACGCUCCUCGGGUGAUGACCCCGCGGCUGCUCAAGACAGGAUGGCAGGAGGAGAACGGAAGUUUUCGGCCCAUCGCGUCUCCCUGGGGUGAGGGUUCUGAGGUCUACCGGUGUGCAAGUGAUGAAGAAUCAGGAGGAUACGAGUAUGGCCAAGGGCCAGCACUGGCCUGA